CCCGUCUUGGACCCGGUCGUGGAGGGGGAAGCUCUGAGCUGCUGCUGAUUAUGACAGCCUCGCCGCCUGCCUCUGCUCGACUCCGAUUCUGCGCACAGCCAGCCCCAAAGCCUGUCAUUCUGCAAAACAGUUUACUCAACAGAGAGAGCGAGUGGGGGAGCGGUGGAGAGAAGGAAACGGCGCAAAGGAACCCAGUCCCGCAACCCAGCAUGGCUUCAGGGGACCUUUACGAGGUAGAGAGGAUUGUAGACAAAAGGAAGAACAAGAAGGGCAAAUGGGAGUAUCUCAUCAGGUGGAAAGGCUACGGAAGCAAUGAAGACACCUGGGAACCUGAACAUCAUCUACUACAUUGUGAGGAAUUUAUUGAUGAGUUCAAUGUACUACAUGUUACUAGAGAAAAGCGAUCAAGACAUGGGAAACAGGGCAGCACUCAAAAAUUUUUAGAGGAAAGCCGAGGGUCAUCUCUUGAGAAAAUAUCACAUAGACCUUCUGAAACUGGGAAGUCUAAAGGGUCAACACACAAAAGGAAGAGUAUUAAUCCAUCUCUUCAAAAACAGAAAAGAGGAUACACAGCAAAGCCAGCAUCUGCUAAUGCCAGGGCUGCUAAAACUGUGACUUACCGAACUACUCCCAGUGGUUUACAGAUUAUGCCACUGAAAAAGCCACAUAAUGGUCUGCAGAAUGGAGAUGGCAGUCAUGAAAAGGAUUCUAGAUAUUUUGGGAAUGUCUCACAACAGCAAAAUGUGGAUUUAAAUGAUCAUGAAGGAGAACAAAAUUUGCCCAGCAUGUUGGAAGUUAGUAACAAUUCACCUGUUGUGAAUGGAAUUGGUUCUUCUCUGGCCAAUGGAAGCUUGAAUCUGCACAGCACUGUGAAAAGGAAACUAGAGAGGGAGAAAGAUUAUGUCUUCGAUAAGAGACUAAGGUACAGCGUGCGUCAAAACGAAAGUAACUGCCGGUUCAGGGACAUUGUAGUCCGGAAAGAAGAUGGUUUCACACAUAUUUUGCUGUCGAGUCAGACUUCAGAUAACAAUGCACUGACCCCAGAGAUCAUGAAGGAAGUUCGGAGAGCGUUGUGCAAUGCAUCAGCUGAUGACAGUAAACUCUUAUUUCUCAGCGCAGUGGGAAGUGUGUUCUGUAGUGGCCUAGAUUACUCAUAUUUAAUUGGCAGGUUGUCCAAUGACAGAAGAAAGGAAAGCACUAGGAUUGCAGAAGCUAUAAGGGAUUUUGUAAAAGCUUUUAUUCAGUUUAAGAAGCCCAUUGUGGUUGCUAUCAACGGCCCUGCUCUUGGGUUAGGAGCUUCUAUUUUGCCACUAUGUGAUAUCGUUUGGGCAAGUGAGAAGGCAUGGUUUCAGACACCAUAUGCAACAAUCCGACUCACUCCAGAUGGCUGCUCAUCAUACACAUUCCCACAAAUUCUGGGGGUUGCACUGGCCAAUGAAAUGUUGUUCUGUGGGAGAAAGCUGACAGCGCAGGAAGCCUGCAGCAGAGGAUUAGUGUCGCAAGUAUUUUGGCCAACAACAUUUAGUCAAGAAGUGAUGCUACGAGUGAAAGAAAUGGCAUCCUGCAGUGCAGUGGUAUUGGAAGAGUCCAAAUGUCUCAUGCGGAGCUUCCUGAAAUCUGGACUUGAAGAUGUGAAUGAGAAAGAGUGUCAGAUGUUAAAACAGCUGUGGAGUUCUUCAAAAGGACUAGAUUCGUUAUUCAGCUACUUGCAAGACAGAAUAUAUGAAGUCUGAUGUCUUGGCCUAAAUUAAAGAGAAAACGUUCCAUUUGUGAACGGAGUCAAACAUUGCCUGUGUUUGAAAAGCAGAGGCAAUUCAUCAAUGAGGAAUUUGUGACAGUGUAUCCUAAUACAUAUGGUUGUGUCCUUAUUGUGUCACAUUUCCUUGUGAGCUAUACAGCUGCUUGUAUCUGGUCUGAUUUUGUGUAACCGAGAUGUAGGCAGGCUUGUUCAGUGCACAUAAUCUCUAGAGAGGGCUUCAUCUUUCAUAUUGCUCAUCCUGAUAAAAGCAUACAUUCCAUGUGCUGAGAAACACCAUUGAGGCCCAAUAAGGCACCCCACCUGAAGGGGACCUACGAGGAUGCUGGGGAGGGACUCUUCAUUAGAGACUGUAGAGAUAGGGCAAGGGGCAAUGGGUUCAAACUAAAACAAGGGAAGUUCAGGUUCUAUAUAAGGAAGAAGUUCUUUACUGUGAGUGUAGUGAGGCAGUUGAAUGGGUUGCCCAAAGUGGUAAAUGCUCCAUCCCUGUCAGUGUUCAAGGCCAGGUUGGACAGAGACUUGGGUGAAAUGGUCUAAUAUGAGGCAACCCUGCCUAUGGCAGGGGCAUUGGAACUAGAUGACCUUAAGGUCCUUUCCAACCCUAACAAUUUUAUGAUUCUGCAAUUUAUUUUGUCUGUCCUUCUUAACUUAUUCUUGCUGUUGCCACACGUCUGGGCUGACACAGAGGGCUCAAUUGAAAAACUGGGUCAGCACAAUAUUUUGCAGACCAAAACACCAUGCUUUAGAAAUAUUUUAAGGUUUUUUUUCUGUGUCCUAACAGUGUAAUGAAAAAAUCUGAUAAUUGACAUGUAUAAUAUGUAUUUAAUUUUACAAAAAAUACUAGGAUUUUUUUCUUUGUUGAAUUUAUUUAACUUAUUUGUUUUGUGUUCAUGUUCAGCUGUUUAUUGAUCACAGAUCUUAUUUCCAUACUACCCUUGACUGAAUUAAUGGCAUCACAUGAGAAUGCAAGCACAUUUUUAGCAGCAAAUUGCAUAGUAAAAUUAAGACUAUAUAGAAAACACACAGAAUGCUGUGGGAAGUAAAAGAAACAGCCACAUGCAUGUUCCUGUGUGUUAUACUGAACAAAAAAAUGUAUGGAAUAGAUUCAUUUUCCAGGGGUAAGGGGAAAAAAAUGUAGAUUCUGAAACAGUGAGUCCCCCUUAAGUCUCUCUUCACUUUCUGCCUUCGUGAGGAGCAUUUAAGGGUUUGCCAAGAAGAUGCUUUAUUUAAGUUUAUUAUAUUCCUGUUAGUCGGAUUUCAGUAACAGGGUGAGUGGUGCUGUUAUGUGGCAUCUUACUGUUUUUCAGGUUUAAACAACCCCUUUUGGUCUGAAGUCUAAUUGCAACUUAUGACCCUUAGUCUAGUUGCCUGAUUCCUCAGGUGUAAGAUAAUUUCCUCUCUGGAGGCCUUUAGGUGUAGGCCAGCAGUUUAUACAAGGUGCUUGGUAUUGAACCAAGUGGAGGGAGCUGUUUUGUUUUGCUUUACCCAGCUCUUCAUAUCUGGCCACCCCACCAUCUGGUACAAGAACUUAAGGCAUAAAAGCAAUCCACAGUAAAUGACAAAAAUCCAAUCUGCUAUUUUAGAAUGUGAUCCUAGUACUUUUCAGUGAUACUGACUGAGACUCCUGAACACUGGAUCUCUCAGUUCUUUCUUGCUAGUGAAGCAAUUAAUAUGGAACUAACACAAGCAUGCUCUGUGACUUCCCCUGCCGUUGCAGUGUGCCCAAACCAGCACCUCUUGAAACAGAAGCUUUGCACAUUUGUUUGCUUUGUGAUUUGUGCACUUGCCCUCCAUCCUUCAGCUCGGUGACUUGUUUAUGGUUUAAACCUCUGCAAAUGAAGCUCCUAGGUUUUCUCCCUCCUGGCAUUUCCAUGAAGAGUUUCAGGCCUUUGUAAAGUUAACAAACAGGUGAUUACAACACACUAAUAUAACAUUCUUUUUCCUCAAAUAAUUAGAAGUGCUGUUUCUAUAGCCUAACUGUACCACUGAAUUUUAAGGAAAUCUGUACCUUAAAUGCAGAAGUUCUCAUGGAAAUUCUUCAUUAAAAAGACAAAAUCUGUUUUCUAAUUGGCCUGUUUUAAUGGUUUUCACAAAAACAUUAUCAGAACAAGUAACUUACUUUUAAAUGUCUGAAUUAGAGCUCUUUCAAUAACUAUUUGAAGUGUUGGAUGCACCACUUGUUUUAUACUAAUACUUUCUUAUUUCCACAACCUGCCAGCGAGGCCACGUAGCGCAGGGACGUGGCUGGAUCAAGGCCAAGGGACCCCCUACUCUGCCGCUGUGUGCACAUGUGUCACCUGGAUGGAAUUAAAUGAGAGGAGCUGCUCAAAUGCAAACCACUCACAUGGGGAGUGUUUGCACAGUCAGGCCUCUAGCAUAUGACUUCAGAAAAAAAAAAAGGAAUGGAAAGUACCAUGAUUGCUCAAUUUCCUUUAUUUAAUUUAUUCCCAUUCAGAGAGCCAUAACUCCUAGUCAUGUGAUAAUAAGAUAUUAGGAAGCUUAUUUCAAUACUAUGCUUGGGGUUUGCAGAUAGAGAAAUUGCUCAGCAAUGUGAAAGUAUGCUUUCCAGAUAAGAUUUUCAAAGAAUCGUAAGUUCUUAGAACUUUAAACUGCGUCAUUUCAUCUGAAUUUUCAGAUAUCUGUAUCUUAGCAUUUUUUAUGACAAAGGAAUGGUUGAAAUACAUUUUCUAUAAUUAAUUUUCCAUUAACGCAUAGUUAACAUCUUUAAUUAUUCAUGCCUAUGCAGACACAAUCUAGUUUUCAUGGAAUCUAUUGUCGUCUCCAAAAAGAAUAAUAACAAUUUCAAAAGCUUCUUUUCACGUAUUUAAAGAUCAGAAAUCAAUUUUCUCUUAUGCUUCUGUCCUGACUAGAUAUUCAGAUAUCUAGAUGUACUGUACAUAUUAGUCUGGGUACCUUUACUUAUAUUCACAGUAUUUCAGAUUAUAAAUGCAAUUUGUUGUUAAGUAUGUUAUUUUAUUCUUGUGUAAAUGGCUUUUUACAAUCUUUAAAAAUCUACAGUUUUGUAUUUGUAUAUAUUAAAGGUAAGCAAUUUAUUUUGUGUUGUCCUGCAUGUAGUUUUGCUGUAGAUAACUGUUGCUUAGGUUACUAUUUCAGUACUUUUUGGUUUAAAUGAAUAAGCUUACAAACUGUAAUACAGUAUAUAUUUUCAGAAUAUAAACUUUUAUAUUUCUGUGGUAGGUUAGGGUAUGUGUUUUAGGCAAUUUUUUUCACUAAUAUUAGCUGUUCUUUUAAUCUCUAAUAUAAUGGGUUUGUGCCAAUAGUUUUUCAUUAGAAUAAAAUGCUAUUUUAAUGGUAGGGAUAAACAAACAAUUUUGGUUGGGGUUUGUUUUAUUUCAUUUAGCUUUGGGUUUUUUUAUUAUUUUGCCAGCCUUUACAGUUUUAAAUGUAAUUUAUAAAUAUAUUGCAUUUGUGAAUAAGCCUUACCAUUAGGUACAAGAAAUCCUUAAAGCUACAUAAUUACUUAUGCUGUGCUAAGGACUUCCCCACAUAAUUGCUGUAAGAGAGUUAGCAAAUCAGAGUACGGGGCCUUAAUUUUUUCUUGUGAAAAGUGCAAUACGGGUUCUUUUGAACAACAUAGGUAGACUUGUCAGCAUGGACUUUGUUAUAUAAAACUGUGCAUUUAUGCUCCCAACCGUAGUAGUUUAUCUCAAGCUUUAUAUGGCUGAGUCUAUAAAAGUCAAAUCUGGCUAAAGCCAGCACUCUUUAGGAGACACUAAAGAAUUUUAUAUAAGAGACUUACAGACAAUCUUAUAAUACGUUUGGGUACUCGGUAUCCUAGAUGUGCCAUCUGUGUAUUCCCAAUUAACCAUCUGUUUUAAGCCAUAUUAAAUCUCUUUACUGCUACUUUAAAUACUACACUGAGCGGCAUUCACUAUCUUGCUUACUCACAGACAGGAUUUCAGUUUUUAGUGAAUAAAAAUAUUACGUCUUCCAUAAAAAAAAGGACCAAAGAAAGAAUUGCAUUAUUCUAAAAAAGCAUUAGUUCCUUUGCCAGUGAACUAGUUUGACAUUUGUACUGAAGAUCAGUCUUCCUGCUACAAACACUGCAUUCUCAUCCACGACAAGCAUAAGGGGAAAAGAUGUAUCCACUGACUUAUUGGGAAAGAAGUGACGUCCAGCUAGGAUGGCAUGUCUAUUGGUAAGGCUUAUUACCAAACCUCUGAGAUGAAGCAAAGAACCAGAAAUUCGCAAAUUAUGUCAAUGUAAAUUUUUUCUCAGAACUCGCACAAAGAAUUAAUCAUAGACCUUUGCAAAUUAGGACCUUAAGUUAUUUUGUCAAAAUGCCAUUGAACAGACUAAAACAGUUUCUAAUAUUUUUAAUAAUGAGUACAUAUUAUAAUAUUAUGAGGGUACAGGCACCCCUAUGUCACAGUGUUGUAAAUAUUUUCUGAUAAUGGUACAGUACUGAGGGACUUGUAUCUUCUGAUGUAUCAAAUACUGUCUAGAUCAAAUUGUACACAAUUUAUUUAUUGAUGGCCCUGUAACUAGUGUAUGGACACAUUUCUGGGUGCCUUAGCAGUUGUAUUUUUCAUGUGUGUUAAUAUGCAGUAUUUAUAUAUUGUGAGAAGCUGCUUUGAAUAAAAACAUUGAAACUUCAUUUCAGUGAAGUGAUCUUCAGUUUUACAGAGUCAGUAUGAAU